AUGGGUUGUGGCAGCAGCAAAAUGAAGGCUAGCGUAUUGCUCACAAUGCGUAUAAAUGUUAGCGGAAUAUCUGAAGUAGACCAACUAUUUGCUAAUAUUGUCGAGCCAAUAAACAUGCUUGACAGCCUCUCCCAAAAUUUAGAUGCAGCAUUCCAAAACUUCCAAAUCUCCACAGGCACAUUUUCUCACAAAUUAUUCAAGCUAUCAGACUCCAUUACAAUUAUGCUGAUAGCCUACUCUUCAAGCUGCAACGGAAACUUCAACAAAAUAAAUUUAAAACUGAAAUCGGAAAAUCCGUAUAUCGAGCUAAACCAAAUUUUGCUUAAAAUGGAGCACAAAGAAAUUUUUUCGACGUGAAAUAUUCUUAUAGAAACUUAUUUAGAGACUUCUUCAAAGCUAAAUCAAAUUUCUGAACAAAUUCUGGAAUUUAAUGAAACUUCUAGAUCUUAUCCAGAUCAAGCUAAAGAAAUCGCGAAUAAUUUGGAAUUAGACGCAAUUGGAGCUGCCACUACUAUUAGAUGUGUGGGGAUUAACUUAGAAAAGCUGCGAAUGGCAAAUAAAACUUUGAAUGAAUUAAAGAAUAUGCUAAAUGAAAUAAAAGAAAGCAUAGAAGAACUACAAAGAAAAUUCAGCAGCCAGGCAGAAUUAGAGAAAAUCCAUAGGAUUGGAAGGGAAAUUCAUGAUGAAAAGCGAUUUUCGCCUAAAGAUUUGUGCCGCAAAUAUUAUGACUCUACACAUGUAGAAUAG